AGCGUGAGGGGAAGCGCUGGGACCUGUCAGUGACGUGGGCCGGGCACUUGCUCCCGGCCGUAGUAGGAGUUUGGGUUCUGGCUGACUAAGUUCGCCCGCCAAGGGCAAGCUCGGCGCUCCCGGCGCCCCAGGAGCCGUCCUGUGCCUCACGUCCCUGAAAUGCGUGGCCUGCUGCACUAAGCUGUCGCGGCAGUCGCAGGCGCAGCGACAGCGCUGAGGCCGGGGGAGAAGCGCUAUCCCCCGUCUUUGUGCCGCCUGCACCCCCCGCCUCACAGGCAGGUUAUCUUGGAAGAUUAAGGACCCUGAAUAUGUUUCCUUUGAAAGAUGGUGAAAUGGGUGCGUUUACCUUCUUUGCCUCAGCUCUGCCACAUGAUGUGUGUGGAAGCAAUGGGCUUCCUCUCACACCAAAUUCCAUCAAAAUUUUGGGGCGCUUUCAAAUCCUCAAGACCAUUACCCACCCCAGAUUGUGUCAAUAUGUGGAUAUUUCUAGAGGAAAACAUGAGAGACUGGUGGUAGUGGCUGAACACUGUGAACGGAGUCUUGAAGACCUUCUUCGAGAAAGGAAGCCCGUGAGCUGUUCAAAGGUAUUGUGCAUUGCCUUUGAGGUACUUCAGGGCUUGCAGUACAUGAACAAACACGGCAUAGUACACCGGGCACUGUCUCCGCACAAUAUUCUUUUGGACAGAAAGGAACAUGUGAAAUUAUCUAAAUUUGGACUUUAUCACAUGACAGCUCAUGGUGAUGAUGUUGACUUCCCAAUUGGGUAUCCUUCGUACUUGGCACCUGAAGUAAUUGCGCAAGGGAUUUUCAAAACCACUGAUCAUGUGGCAAGUGGAAAACCAUUGCCUUCUGGACCCAAGUCAGAUGUAUGGUCUCUUGGAAUCAUUUUAUUUGAGCUUUGUGUGGGAAGAAAACUUUUUCAGAGCUUGGAUAUCUCUGAGAGAUUAAAAUUUGUGCUUACAUUAGAUUGCGUGGAUGAUACUAUUAUAGUUCUGGCUGAAGAGCAUGGUUGUCUGGACAUUAUAAAGGAGCUUCCUGAAAAUGUGAUAGAUCUUUUGAAGAAGUGCCUCACUUUCCACCCUUCCAAAAGGCCAACCCCAGCUGAACUAAUGCAAGACAAGGUUUUCAGUGAGGUUUCAUCUUUAUACACCCCAUUUACCAGACCUGCCAGUCUGUUUUCAUCUUCUCUGAGAUGUGCUGAUCUAACUUUGCCUGAGGAUAUUAGUGAGCUAUGUAAAGAUAUUGACAGUGAUUACCUGGCUGAAAGAUCUCUGGAAGAAGUAUAUUACCUCUGGUGUUUAGCUGGAGGUGACUUGGAGAAAGAGCUUGUGAACAAGGAAAUCAUUCGCUCCAAACCCCCUAUCUGCACACUCCCCAAUUUUCUCUUUGAAGAUGGUGAAAGCUUUGGACAGGGUCGCGAUAGGAGCUCACUGUUAGAUGACACCACGGUGACACUGUCAUUAUGCCAGCUACGAAACAGAUUAAAAGAUGUUGGUGGGGAAGCAUUUUACCCACUACUUGAAGAUGACCAGGCUAACUUACCUCAUUCCAACAGCAAUAAUGAGCUAUCUGCAGCUGCUACUCUUCCUUUAAUAAUCCGAGAGAGGGACACAGAAUACCAACUAAACAGAAUUGUUCUCUUUGACAGGCUACUAAAGGCUUAUCCAUAUAAGAAAAAUCAAAUCUGGAAAGAAGCACGAGUUGACAUUCCUCCUCUUAUGAGAGGUUUGACUUGGGCUGCUCUCCUGGGAGUGGAGGGUGCUAUUCAGGCCAAAUAUGAUGCCAUUGAUAAAGAUACUCCAAUUCCUACAGAUCGACAGAUUGAAGUCGAUAUUCCUCGGUGCCAUCAGUAUGAUGAGCUGCUGUCCUCUCCUGAAGGCCAUGCCAAGUUUCGGAGGGUGUUAAAAGCCUGGGUAGUGUCCCAUCCUGAUCUUGUGUAUUGGCAAGGUCUUGACUCCCUUUGUGCUCCAUUCCUAUAUUUAAAUUUCAAUAAUGAAGCCUUGGCGUAUGCAUGCAUGUCUGCUUUCAUCCCAAAAUACCUGUAUAACUUCUUCUUGAAAGACAACUCUCACGUAAUACAAGAAUAUCUGACUGUGUUCUCUCAGAUGAUUGCCUUCCAUGACCCGGAGCUGAGUAACCAUCUCAAUGAGAUUGGAUUUAUUCCAGAUCUCUAUGCCAUCCCUUGGUUUCUGACUAUGUUCACUCAUGUAUUUCCCCUGCACAAAAUUUUCCACCUCUGGGAUACCUUACUGCUUGGGAAUUCCUCUUUCCCAUUCUGCAUUGGAGUGGCAAUUCUUCAGCAGCUACGAGACCGGCUUUUGGCUAAUGGCUUUAAUGAGUGCAUCCUUCUCUUCUCUGAUUUACCAGAAAUUGACAUCGAACGCUGUGUGCGAGAAUCCAUCAACCUGUUUUGCUGGACACCUAAAAGCGCUACUUUCAGACAGCAUGCCCAGCCUCCAAAGCCACCCUCUGACAGCAGCGGACGCAGAAGCUCAGCUCAUUUCUCCGCCGAGUGUCCAGAUCUUCCAAAGACAGACCUGCCAAGAGAAUCCAUCCCAUUAAAUGACCUCAAGUCCGAAGUAUCACCCCGGAUUUCAGCAGAGGACCUGAUUGACCUGUGCGAGCUCUCAGUGACGGGCCACUUCAAAACACCUGCCAAGAAGACCAAGUCCAGCAAGCCGAAGCUGCUGGUGGUGGACAUCCGCAACAGUGAGGACUUUAUCCGGGGCCACAUUUCAGGCAGCGUCAAUAUCCCAUUCAGCGUGGCGUUCACAGCAGAAGGGGAGCUGACGCAGGGCCCUUACAGUUCUCUGCUCCAGAGCUUUAGGGGCAAAGUCAUUGUCAUCGUGGGCCUGGUAGCAAAGCACAUGGCAGAGUUUGCUGCUCACCUUGUGAAAAUGAAAUACCCCAGGGUCUGUCUUCUUGAUGGUGGUAUUAACAAGCUCAAGCCGACAGGUCUGCUCACCGUGCCUUCUCCUCAGAUAUGAAGACCAGGAGAGUGACAGGCACACGGGGGCAUCACUGGCACAACCCCCCACAGCCUCACCCCAUAGACACAACCACCCAGAUUGUUGCAUUUCUCUCAACUUUGUCAUGAGACACAUGUCUAAUCUCAUGAUCCAGGCGCAAGCUUGACUGUGCAUGUACUGCUGAAAGAAUGUUCUUAACAGUGAAAUCAGAUCAUGAAUUCUCACCACACAGCGACACAAAGCCAGAGGAAUUCAGCUGACAAGGCAGAUUUUGCAUUAUCAAGAAAUCUCAGUUGCACUGAACAGGCAGUCCUGACAAAGGUACCAUUUAGAACAUAAAAUUUGGGCUGAAAACCUUCUUUUCUCGAUAAUGAAAAGGACAAAGCUAUUCACAGUACAUUCCUAUUAAGUAAAUGUUUCAUUUGGUAAAACUCAUUUUUGGUCUAGAUAAGUUAUCCACUCCCUUCCCUGUGUGCAUGCGUGCUUGUGAAUGUGUGUGUGUAUCUAACUGGAGGGGAAAUUAACCUACAUUAUCCUUUUGAAGAAAGCAAUAAUUGCCUGUUCCAGAAAAAAAAAGCCAGAAGCUAUUGAUGAUAGAAUAUUUGUUCAUCUCCCAUGGUAAGAGACCCAAAAUGAGAGUGACUGAAGAAGCUAGAGUGAACAUUUCUUAUCCACGGAUGCAUGCGAGGUCAGCCCAGGGCUCCUGUACGUUUCUGUGGCCUUAAAGAAGUCAGGCGUCAUUCACCCUCAACAGUGACUUCGUCCUCAUGGGUCAAGGUGGCUUCUCAGCUCCCACCAUCGGAUCAGCAAUUUAGAAGGAAGGGAAUGAAAAAAGUGGGCAGGGGUCGAGAUGGAAACAGGAAGGACUGGAAAGAGAAAAAUAAGGAAGAAGGAAGGAUGUGCUCCUUCUCUCCAGGGUUACAAGCCGAAGUUGUAUGCGUGACUUCUGCUUACGCACCUCUGGCCGGCGCUCAGUACAUGACCACACUAGAGAGAUGCAGACCUAGGAGUGAACCUCUGGUCAGAAGGCCAUUUACCCAGCUAAAGUCUCGUUACGCCCUGGGAAGAGGAGAGCACUCAUUGGGGAACAGCUAACACCUCUGCACAUUAUUCUGAAAAUUAAGUACUAUAUUUCAUUGAACCUAAGACUUGUCACAAGUGUAUGUGCCUACAAAAAAAGGAAAAAUACAGCUGAAUGAACUGUGGUGUCAGCAAUACAGACCUGAGAAAGCGUGCCUGUUAGAAUUCUUGUAGUACAGUGCGUCUUUUGACGAUCUUUAGUCUUGUUUUAACUAAAAAAUACUCUUUCACUUUAAUGCAUUCCUCUUCGGGGGAAAACUACCUUAGCAGGAUGUCACAAUUCCACUUUCUGGGCUGUGGCUUCAUUAUUGCUGUUCGUUUUGUGCUUUUUAUCUUUUUUUUUUUCAAGGUGUCACUUCCAUACCAUAAAAUGUACCCUUUUAAAAGGUACAAUUCAGUUGCUUUUAGGUUCUUGUGCAGUCAUCUGCAACCUAAUUCCAGAACAGUUUGGCCACCCAAAAUAGAAAUCCCGUCCCUGCUAGCAGUCAUUCCCCAGAAACCUUCUCCAGGGCUCCAUUUUUGUGCAGGAAGAGAGAUAGGUAUCCAGUUCCAAUCCAUGCACGAGGAGAUCUGUGUCGCUCUGUGCCUUUUGCUCAAGGAUAGCCAGUCAUUCACUCACACACACGACCCCCUUGUGAUUCUGUGGCAGCUCGGUCUUCCCUGUGCUGGGCAGCACAGAAAGAUGGAAUCUAGCAAAGCAUUCCAUUCAUACUUCUAAUAAUAGACUUACUACUUCAGUUUGCAAUUAUCUGUGCACAUUUGGGCCCCAUGCUAGAUUAUGGACUCCUUUAAGGCCAGAGACCAUCAUUUCUCCUGCUUGUUAUCUUCAGAAAACCACCCACUAGAGAUGCUUGACAAGUGAAAAAAGUAAAUUGAAACUGUAGUGUUAGAAGUUUAGAAUAUAUGUGAGUAGGAAAAAAAUGAGAACAACCUGGGUAAAUUUUUUCAAAUGCUAGGCUUAUCCAUUACCUGAUACUUAAUAAACUGAAUUCUCAGUUUGCUGAGUGAAGAAUUUCCAGUGUUCUGUUCAGCAUUAAGAUUCUCAAAUUCUAGAAGUUGAAACAGGUAACUUCUAACAACUAUAGCUCACCAAGUCACAUCGCCUUUCUGAAAUGUAAACACGCUAGAUUUUAAAUGAAUGUUAAAAUGUUUAUUACUUAACCAAGAUUGAGAGAAAUAGAAUGUCUUACCAGAUAGGAAGUGGCUGGGCCUGUAGAACAUCGGAGGUCAGUAGAGCCCUAGGAACAGGGCUUUUACCAUGCACACAGGGGUCAAGGACACAGUCACGGCCUUCCAGUAGGAAACUAGUGUUCAGACAGCCAUACAAAGUGACAAAACAAACCAAUGCAUGGCUCCAUGGAACAAUUAGCAGUAACUUCCCACCAAAUCACGGAUGACGGGAGAUUUUCAGGGCCCAGAAUUCUGAGUGAGGAGAGACCACACUGACAGAGGCGUUUGGAGGCGUCAAUGGAAAGACUGGGGUAAGUUGCCAAGUGUGAACUGACUUUAGGCACAUGUCCAUCUGCCUACUUAAAAACGAUAUCAGUGUGUUGCAUCAGGCUUUUGGAAUGCAUAGAUGGUACCAUAUCUUUGUUCAACUCCUCUAUUUCCUCCUACAAAUAGUUGCCAGAAAAUACUUCUGUAGAGAUUAAUAUCAAAAAGAGAGACGGUCUCGGAGAAGGAGCUCUUGUAGGAGUCUCACCGCUAAGCUCCGCCGUCAGAGGAAGAUUGCCGGCCCACUCUAGUCAUCGGAGGCUUUGCUUUACCAGCGUCCUAAGCAGUCCUCACGGUAUGUGUUCCCUCGGGCUCUACCAGGCCUCUUGUUAGCCAAUGCAUGCAUUAUUCUUGACAUUCAUGAAACCAGAGUAGAGGCAAAA